GCUUUAUAACUAUUUUAUUCUUAACCACCAAUUUUUUUAAGAAUUCGAAAAUUAUAUACUUCUUCUAGAACAAUUCGUGUACGUCCACUUUCAAGUGACAGCGUAGCGUCCCCGCUGCUGGUUUUCAAGUUUGGGACAAAGCUGUUCAUGUUCUCUAACUGUAGAUGUUGAAUGUACCAUUUCUGUGCAAAAAUGUCAAUCUCAGGCAAACUCUAAUCACCUUCCUUGAUAAUUGCAAAUCAAUGUCGGAGCUCAAGCAAAUUCAUGCUCUGCUUAUCACCUUUGGCGUCUCCAAAGACGACCCUUCUGUCUCAAGAAUACUUUCUUUCUCCGCACUCUCAGUUUCGGGUAGAAUCGAUUAUGCUUACUUGGUUUUAUCAAAUUUAUCCAACCCAACAAUCUUUAGCUGGAAUGCUGUGAUCAGAGGAUAUUCAAUCAGCAAAACUCCUAAUAAAUCGUUUAUUGUUUUUGUCCAAAUGUUGAGGAUUGGAGUCUCACCCGAUCAUCUUACGUACCCUUUUCUUGCAAAGGCGUCUUCGCGUCUCUUGAACCGAGAACUUGGUGUAGCAGUCCAUGGCCAUGUAUUAAAAACUGGAUAUGAGAGUGACAGGUUUAUAGCGAACUCUUUCGUUCAUAUGUAUGGUUCUUUUGCCGAUGCAGUGUGUGCGCGUAAGCUGUUUGAUAAAAUGCCAACGAAGAACUUGGUAUCUUGGAACUCCAUGUUGGAUUGUUAUGCUAAGUGCGGAGAUAUAAAUUCUGCAAGAAAAGUGUUUGAGUUAAUGCCUGAUAGAGAUGUGGUGUCCUGGAGUUCUUUGAUUGAUGGUUAUGUGAAGAGUGGGGAAUAUGAGGAGGCUAUGAAGGUUUUUGAGCUAAUGAAGAUCUCGGGUCCAAAGGCCAACGAGGUGACUAUGGUUAGCGUAUUGUGUGCCUGCUGUCACUUCGGUGCACUUGAACAAGGGAAGAUGAUGCAUCGGUACAUAAUUGAUAACAAGUUGAAACUGACAUUGGUGCUGUGCACAUCACUCGUGGAUAUGUAUGCAAAAUGUGGGGCGAUAGAGGAGGCAAAGGCCGUGUUUCAUAGCAUUCCUUUGGCUCAGAGUGAUGUUCUACUGUGGAAUGCAAUGAUUGGAGGGCUUGCAACACAUGGAUUGAUUAAAGAAUCACUUGAAUUAUAUGAAGAAAUGCAGGUAGUUGGGGUUACAGCUGACGAGAUAACUUAUCUGUGCUUGUUCAGUGCUUGUGCUCACGGUGGAUUAGUGAAGGAAGCCUGGGAUAUCUUCAACUAUCUUGGUAAACAUGGGGCAAUCCCUACAAGUGAACACUAUGCUUGCAUGGUUGAUGUUCUGGCACGUGCUGGUCAAGUUGCGGAGGCAUAUAAAUUUUUGUGCGAAAUGCCUGUGGAGCCAACUGCUUCAUUGUUAGGUGCCCUGCUUAGCGGUAGUAUAAACCAUGGAAAGUUUGAUAUUGCAGAAAUAGUGGGAAGGAAGCUUAUUGAACUGGAACCAGAUCAUGAUGGCAGAUAUAUUGGUUUAUCAAACGUUUAUGCCAUUAUCAGACGUUGGGAUGAUUCGAGAACAAUGAGAGAGGCCAUGGAAAGGAGAGGUGUGAAGAAGCUUCCCGGGUAUAGUGCUGUUGAGAUUUCUGGAACCCUUCAUAGAUUUAUAGCGCAUGAUAGAACACAUCCUAGUUCAGAACAAGUUUAUAAGAUGCUAAGUCUUAUCGUUAGCGAAAUGAAACUAGAUGUUGAAGAUAAUAAUCAAGAUGAUUGUUUAUUUGAUAUGCAGGUUUUCCCAUCAGCAGUUAAAUAAAUCUCAUCUCAUUUGGUGUCUUCCAAAGGGCUGUUAACUCUUUUUGAGUAAACAAAUUCUUGUUUGUUUGAUCUUUUGGGUUAAAAAUUCGAAUUAGAGCUUUGAAGAGUAUUAUAUAGUGUUUAUUCAAGUCUCAUUAGUAGCAAACAAGUAACUAUUUCUAUUGAUUUUGAAGAAGAAA